CAAACGAUGAUGAUUGGGUCUUCAAGGUAUACACGCAACCUUGAUUGGUUAGUUUGUGUAAUCUGCCACAUUGAGCUCAUCACCGGCGUGUUUUCCGGACAUUCGCCGCCGACGAACAGAUAUAUACAUUUAUUAUACGUUAAACAAUGACGUGGAGACUUUUAUGAGAAGAACGUGUAUGAAUGACAAGCCGCUCGGCACGUGAUCCACCUGGCCUACCGCACGUGAUAGAGAGAGGGAGAUGCCCAUUGAGAAAAUUUAAAGCAGUUGGAGAUGAAAGAUGCAAAGUAGAAAAAAACGAGAUUUGUUUUGUUCAGUAAAAAUAAAAAUGUGAAAUAUUUGCAUGUAUAGUAUUCAGGAUACUAUUGAACAAAAAUAAAAGUGGUUCAUGUGCAAUUAUUUAUAUAAUCAAAUUAUGGAGUUUCUGAUUUAAAAAUCGUGAUUUUUGAUAAAUAAAUCACUAGUUCCACAGAUUCAGGAUACAAUAUAUGUACCAAUAGUUCUAAACAGUUUGUUUGGCAGUUUUUAAUUAUUUUAAAUUUGUUUCUCAACAUCUGAACUCCAAUUGCAGAGUUUUGAGCCCAUCAUCUAACGGUGUGAAGUAGUAUAAACCACUAAACCUUUUAACAUGUUUGUAGUUUUCUGACAACAGAACAAGAUACAUUUGUUAAUUCUGAAAUGUAUGUUAUGUGAAACAUAUAUUGUUUUCUUAGCAAGUACAGAAUAUAAAAAUGUGAAAUAUUUGCAUGUAUAGUAUUGAUUCUCAUUAGAAUUGCAGCUUUUAUUGAAAAACGAACGAGUUUGUACAACCUAUCUUCUUGUUUGUAUAGUUUGUCUCUUGUCGCAUCACCUACAUUUUCAACCUUGAGCGUUAUAAAUGUGAAACAAUAACUCUUAACACUAUGGUGAAAAUUUUAUGUCAUUAUCCAGCUAUUUUGAGUUUUAUGUUCUAAAUAAUUAAUUAAGCCAUGUCACUCCCGAUUUUUCUCUUAUAUAAUAACUCCUCCCACUAAAGCCCAUUCUUAAACGCUUCUCAUACUUCUUCUUCUUCUUUCAACAGAAUAGACUGACAAAAGCCUCUGGCUCGGACAGAGACAAAGAAACAUCACAAAACAGAGCAAGAACAAUGGCUACCACGCAAGUACUUGUCCUCUUUGCUUCAGCAUUACUCCUAACAAUGCUCUUUGCUGGCGUCGAUUCCACCAGGUCCAAUGAAACAUGGCAUGAACAUGCAGUUGAGAAUCCAGACGAAGUAGCUGCCAUGGUGGACAUGAGCAUUCGGAACAGUACCAUGCGGAGAAGGUUAGGUUACUUCUCUUGCUCCACCGGUAACCCCAUCGACGAUUGCUGGCGUUGUGACCGGAAAUGGCAACUCCGGCGAAAACACCUCGCCGUCUGCGCAAUCGGCUUCGGACGCAACGCAAUAGGAGGCAGAGACGGACGUUACUACGUAGUAAGCGACCCUAACGACGAUAACCCGGUUAACCCUAAACCGGGUACACUCCGUCACGCCGUGAUCCAAGUCGAGCCUCUUUGGAUCGUCUUCAAACGCGACAUGGUCAUAACACUGAAGCAAGAACUCAUCAUGAACAGCUUCAAGACGAUAGAUGGUCGUGGCGUCAACGUCCACAUAGCUAACGGUGCAUGCAUCACGAUACAGUACGUGACGAACAUUAUCAUACAUGGGAUUCAUAUUCAUGACUGCAAACCUACUGGUAACGCUAUGGUGAGAAGCUCUCCGUCGCAUUAUGGGUGGAGGACGAUGGCUGAUGGUGAUGGGAUCUCGAUCUUUGGGUCGAGUCAUAUUUGGAUUGAUCACAACUCGCUCUCUAGUUGCGCUGAUGGGCUUAUUGAUGCUGUUAUGGCUUCCACUGCCAUUACUAUCUCUAACAAUUACUUUACGCACCAUAACGAGGUUAUGUUGUUGGGGCAUAGUGAUACUUACACAAGGGACAAGGUGAUGCAGGUUACUAUUGCUUAUAACCAUUUUGGUAGAGGUCUUAUCCAGAGGAUGCCAAGGUGUAGGCAUGGAUACUUCCAUGUAGUAAACAAUGACUACACACAUUGGGAAAUGUAUGCAAUUGGUGGCAGUGCAAGUCCCACCAUCAAUAGUCAAGGAAACAGAUAUCUUGCCCCUAGAAACCGCUUUGCUAAAGAGGUGACAAAGAGAGACUAUGCAGGACACUGGCAAUGGAAGCAUUGGAACUGGAGAUCAGAAGGAGAUCUUUUCCUAAACGGUGCUUUCUUCACACGUUCUGGUUCAGGACGUGGAGCUAGCUACGCUAGAGCUUCAAGUUUGGCAGCCAAAUCGUCAUCCCUUGUUGGCGUCAUUACCUCUAAUGCUGGCGCUCUUAAUUGCAGAGGUGGUCGCCGGUGUUAAUACUUGCUCAUUAGUCUUCUUUUGGGUUCUUGCAUUUUAUACAUGGCGAUAGCACUAUUGGAGUGUUGAGGCUUGAUUAAAAACUGCCUCAACUGUAGUGUAAAUGUUGGAUGAUUACAUUCUUGUUUUACCACCUUCUUGUGUUUGAUGUAUCUAUAAAGGUAAACAAAGUUGGGACUCCUCCUUUA